AUGACAGUCUCAGCAGCUGAUAAAACACUAAUUCUAAGAGAAGAUGCACCUCCACGUCGAGUAAGUUCAUAUCAGCGCUUGAAAGGAAGAUUAAAACGGAAUUUGCCUGAAACUGUCGAUAAAAAAAAUUGGAAAAUGCCAAAAACACCGAACGAGGUACUACAACAUUCUCUUAGGGGAGGAGCACGUGCAUUCUUAUUGGCAUAUGGUGUAAGAGCUGGCAUUAAUUUCUGCUUAUACUUGACGAGGAUAGUACAAAAAAGGGGCCGAUGGAGUCGUAUUCUGGAAGUUUCGUUUAAGAACUUAGACUCAGUACGAUUUGGAGCCAUGUUUGGGCUAUUUGCUCUAUUAUGGAAAUUUGUCAAUAAUAGUAUGCGAUUGUGCCGUGGGAAAGAUGAUCGUUUGAAUGGGUUCGUGAGCGGUGCUAUAGCUGGUCUAAGUAUCAUGGUAGAGAAAAAAGAGCGAAGGAUUGAUAUUGCCCAGCAGCUAUUCGUCAGAAAUGGUGAUGCAUUACUGUAUGGUAUAGCAGGCGCUCAGAUUCUUUAUGCAUACACAAUGCGACCGGAUACUCUGCCGCCUGACUUUUACAAAUUUAUGGUCAACGCAGCACAAUGUCCUGAAGGAAGCCUUUUACUAAAUGCCAAGUCGGUAAGGGGUACUCCUAUUGCGUCAGAAGAGACUAUGUCCGUUGUCAAAAAGUUACACCCUACCAAACAGGCAUUAGAAGUAGCAAGCGGGAUUCCCUCAACUCAAGUACCUGUGAUUCCAUGUGAAGUAAUACAUCCUUGGAACAACAGUUGCUGUAUUACUAAUAUUGAGAGGUUUAUCAAGGUGUUUAAAGCUUUCCUUCCCGUAUACGGUACAUUACAUUUUGUCCCCAUGCUUUUGCUCCGCAGAAAACAUUUCAUUUCAGACCCUGGUUACAUGAUUAAGAAAACUGCCAUAUCUACUUUGAGAUCAGGUGCGUUCAUGGCCAGUUUUAUAACUCUAUAUCAAACUGCUAUAUGUAUGCAUAGGCAAAUAGUCAAGACUGGCUGGAUCGGUAACUGGAACCCCAAGUAUUUAUAUUUUCUGGCCGGCGUUUUCAAUUCUUACCCUGCUAUUUUCUUUGAAGAAAAGAAAAGACGUAGCGAAUUAGCACUCUACAUAUUACCAAAAGCCUUUUACAGUUUCUACCACAUAGCUUAUUCUCAUAGCUGGAUUUUCAAGCUAAAGCAUUUUGAGGUUGUAAUGACUAGUAUUGCGAUGGCCAUCAUUAUGUCAUUCUAUCAAGAAGAAAAAGAUGUGCUAUCUUCUUUCGUGCAAAAGAUCAUGUAUCAGUUCUUUGAAAAAAAUUGA